AUGGUCUUUUUGGAACAGGUGAUUGAUAUGUGCUGUGCCAACUAUGCUGGCGAAAAGACUGAUCAGGACAAGAACGACGUCAACGAGACUAGCCAGAGUUCGGAGACGCAGCCCAAACAACUGAAAUACAGCAACAAAGACAUCAAAUUCGAUGGCAUCAAGUAUGCCAAGCUCCUCCCGACUAUCAGGGUAGCUGUGAAAGAUCUUGGCUUUACUGAGGAUAGCUGGAACAAUGGCGACUGGCCCGCGUGCGAGAAUAAGUGGUUCGAGGAUUUGACGCAGGAAGAGCGACGAGCGGCGGAAACUCUCGGAUGGACAAAGGAGGCAUGGGACAGUCAAUUCAAGCAGCAUGAUUGGCGAGAGCUUCCGGAGAAUAUAAGACGAGCUGCCGUUGCUGCUGGAUAUACGGAAGAAAAAUGGAAGCAUAAUGAACGGCCGAAAAACUUGGACAAGUCGUGGAAUGAACUCGAGGAAGAGGAUAAGCAACAUAUGAAUGUUCUUGGAUACACCAGGUGGGAUUGGGACUGA